CUCACCCAUUAGUGCUCUGUUAGAAUUUCACUUAUGAAAGUGUAAUUGCUGAAUAUUCCCAGUGGUUCUCGUUGAAAUCCUGGACAGAGUUGCGGUAGCAAAGUACAGAGUGUCGGGAAAGUAUUCACAGCGCUCAACUUUUUCCCCAUUUUGUUAUGUCAAAGACUUAUUCCAAAAUGCCCAUCCAUCCAUUUUCUACCGCUUGUCCCUUACGGGGUCGCAGGGGGCGCUGGCGCCUAUCUCAGCUACAAUAGGGCGGAAGGCGGGGUACACCCUGGACAAGUCGCCACCUCAUCGCAGGGCCAACACAGAUAGACAGACAACACUCACACUCACUUUCACACACUAGGGCCAAUUUAGUGUUGCCAAUCAACCUAUCCCCAGGUGCAUGUCUUUGGAAGUGGGAGGAAGCCGGAGUACCCGGAGGGAACCCACGCAUUCACGGGGAGAACAUGCAAACUCCACACAGAAAGAUCCCGAGCCUGGAUUUGAACCCAGGACUGCGUCUGCCUCACAAUACUUUGUAUUGUGAGGCAGACGCACUAACCCCUCUGCCACCGUGAAGCCCAUUCCAAAAUGCAAUACAUACAAUUUUGUCCUCAAAAUUAUACAAGCAAUACCCCAUAAUGACAAUGUGAAAACAUUUUUUGGAAAGGUUUGCAAAUUUAUUAAAAUAUAAAACUAAGAAAUCACUUGUCACAAUUACAGCCUCAAGUCUUUUUGAAUACAAUGCCACAAGGUUGGUACACCUAUCUUUGGGCAGUUUUGCCCAUUCCUCUUUGCAUCAUCUUUUAACCUCCAUAGGUUUAGAUGGGAAGCGUCGGUGCACAGCUAUUUUCGGAUCUCUCCAGAAGUGUUCUAUCAGAUUCAGGUCUGGGAUCUGGCUGGGCCACUCAAGGACGUUUACAAAGUUGUCCUGAAGCCAUUCCUUUGGUGUCUUGACUGUGUUAUCAGGGUUGUUGUCCUGAUGAACCGUUGCCCCAGUCUAAGUUCAAGAGUGCUCUGGAGCAGGUUUUCAUCCAGGAUGUCUCCAUACAUUGCUGCAUGUAUUUUUCCCUCUAUCCUGACUAGUCUCCUAGUUCUUGCUGAUGAAAACCAUCCCCCCAGCAUGAUGCUGCCACCACCAUGCUUCACUGUAGGGAUGGUAUUGGCCUGGUGAUGAGCAGUGCCUGGUUUCCUCCAAACAUGACGCCUGCCAUUCAUGCCAAAGAGUUCAAUUUUUACCUCAUCAGACCAGAGAUUUGAGUUUCUCAUAGUCUGAGAAUCUUCCAGGUGAUUUUGGCAAACCUUUUACUAAGAAAUAAGAAAUAUCUUCAGUCUGGCCACUCUACCAUGCAGUCAUGUUUGGUGGGUUGCUGCAGAGAUGGCUGUCCAUCUGGAAGGUUCUCCUCUCUCCACAGAAGCUCUGACCGAGUCACCAGUGGUUUCUUGGUCACCUCCCUGACUAGGGCCCUUCUGUCCCAAUCGCUCAGUUAAAACGGCCGGACAGCUCUAGAAAGACUCCUAUAGUGCCUAUAACGUCUGCCAUUUACUUAGUGCUCGUUGGGACAUUCAAGGCAGAAUAUGUUUUUCUGUACCCUUCCCCAGAUUUGUGCCUUGAGGCAAUCCUGUCUCGGAGGUCUACAGACGAUGCCUUCGACUUCAUUCUUGGUUUGUGCUCUGCCACGCACUGUCAAGUGUGGGACCUUAUAUAUGGACAGCUGUGUGCCUUUCCAAAUUAUGUCCAACCAACUGAAUUUACCAAAGGUGGUCUCCAAUUAAGCUGUUCGAACAUCUUAAGGAUGAUCAAUUGAAACAGGAUGCACCUGAGCUUACUUUGGAGCUUCAUGGCAAAGUCUGUGAUUACUUACAUGAAUGUGAUUUGUUAGUUUUUUUUUUAUAAUAAAUUGAAUUUAAAAAAAAUAACUUUCCUUCUGGGGUAUUGUGUGUAGACAUUUGAAGAGGUCAAUUAAUUUGUUCCAUUUUGGAAUUUGGCUGUAACAUUAAAAAAUUUGAAAAAAGUGAAGCGCUAUUAUAAUAAAAUUAUUUUGCACCAAAAGUAUAUUACAGUAUUGAACAACUUAUUUUUUCGAUGAAUUUAUUUUAGUACAAAAUGUGCAUCAAAUUAAAUUCAAGUUUGAUUAAAAAAAAUUAUGAAAAUCGUUUCUCAUGUAUUCAAGUGUGAAAAAAGAAAUUCUGCUUAGGGACCCAAUUUGGCCGGGGGCAGCCCUAAAUAAGAUUUAAAAAGGUUGCAAACAUUAUGGGGGGAAAUGGAACAGAAGGGCACAAUGUGCCAUGAAAAAGUUGAGAUGUUUAAGUUAGAGAGCGUUAAAGAGCUACAGCAGUGUUUCCUUUGUCAACCACAUCGCUUCAUUGGUGUGAAAAAGUCAAGUCAGUCUGCUGUGAUCAACAAAGCUGCAGCAUGCAUCACAUUUUGAUAGGAAGCAUAAAAGUUGGCUUGUGGAUCUGCGCGCUUGGAUUACUCAGCAUUCCAGCUGGAGUGAACACCUGGAUAGUUUCUCAGAAUCCUUCACGCACGUCUGUCGUGACCGUCGACUCCUCCUCGGAGAUAACAUGCUCCACCAGGUUGCCUGAUCCAGUAGGAGUCCUUUUAGGCAGGCAUUUUCGAAGCCAACGGGAUGUGCUGUACCUGUCCUUGGAGAAAGGACGGAUUGCCAAGAACACAACAGCUGCAGAAUUUGAGGGCCGAAUUCACAUAACCCCUUUCAGCCACCCUGAACAGGGCCAUGGCUUCACUAUCAAACUGUCUCUGCUGCAGAAGGACGACAGUGACUUGUAUAUCUGUCAGUUGACCUUCCUCAAAUCAAACACUUGGACUGCGAAGACCAUCCUCAGCAAUCACUCCUUUAUUGCUGUCAGAGAUGUGGAACAAUGCCAUAAGGCUUUGAAUAUCAUCUUGAUUGCCAUGGAUGUGAUGUUAUUAACUGUCACAAUGGCAGUAGGAGUAGUAAUUGUAAGGCACAGAUACAAAUUUAAAGGGCACUUUCAACCACGUUCAAAACCAACCAGAAAAUUCAGGUUACAACAUGUGUGCAAUCAUGAGAGGGGCCACAAUUAUCCUCACUUAGAAAGUGCUGUUGACAUCAGAUACUUACAUUGCUAAGAUAUUUUUGCAAAGUUCACAUUUUUUUUCCUUGCAUAAUGCAGGAAAAAACCCAGCCUGCAAACUGCAAAGGUGUUAAUUCCUGUUCUUUUUUUCUCCCUUUUCUGGUCAAAUAUGCUUUGCAAGGCUGUUAUUUAAGUACCGUAUUUCCUUGAAUUGCCCCGGGGCGCUAACUAAUAUAAAACCUCUUCUCACUCCUGCGCUUACCAAAGGCAUGCGGUAAAAGUAAGCAUGCGCUAAUUAUUUUAAAACUUAUUCUCCCUCCGGCACUAACCAAGGGCAUGCAGUAAAAAAUUGAGUGUGAUGUAAGCUUGGACCUUAAAUCCUACUGAAUAGCUCUUAAUCUUCUUCCCUUUAUGCGAUUUCAAAUUACCAGUAUUGAAAUCAGCCUCCUCCAUUUUGAAAAUGAUGACAGGGGAAGUGUCACGAGUUUGACCAGGCGGUAAUACUAAGCAUGUGCUGAUUAUUUUGGGAAGCGAGUUUGACCCUGCUGUAAUUCAAGGCAGGCGCAUACUCUAUGCCCUGUGGCAAUUCAAGGAAAUACGGUAUACCUCAUCCUGCCUAGAAUAACAGUGUUCUGUGUUUGUUCCUUUUGGGGUCCCUGGUGCUGUAGCCUAUCUCAGCUGCAUUCGGGCGGAAGGGGAGAUACACCCUGGACAAGUCGCAAUGUCGUACAUAUAAUACAAAUAAAGGAUAAAGUAAAGCACAUUUUAGAUUUAGAAUGAGAUUCCACUUUUUUAUUUGAUUGGCUUUUUAACAACAUAAACGAAUAAUGUGUAGCCUGAACAAAUUUUUUUUUGUUAGUUUAUUAAAUUGUUCAAGGCGGAAUAUUAAUGCUAAUGUGUCCGUUUUCCUCCGGACCACUUUGAGUGGUACACGACGUGACUGUCAAAACGAGAGUUUGUUGAUGCUGUUAACGCCGUGGACGUCUGCUUUCCACUGUGUUAACAAGUUAAUAUGUGUUUAACUAAUACUUCCUACUGCCGUAUGCUGGCGUAGACAUUCUUUUUUUUUUUUACUUUGGCUUUUGCCAUUAAUCAUUGCUGCUGGCCAAAGCUUAAAGCAGAAUAGGCUGCCGACCAAGCAGGGACAAUUUCAACAUUUCUUACUUUAAAAACCCACAAAAAUCAUUUGAAAAAAAUGGCUGGCUAUAAAAGACUUUUUUACAGAGUCGCAUUAUGGACUUGGAGAAGAAGUAGUAGGAUGAGUCGAAAUGAUUCUUCGGCUGUGUUUGGAGAGGCAGGGUUUUCAUCUUGCAGACCAAAGGUGUGUAUUGUUGGUAGUGGUCCAGCAGGUUUCUACACAGCCCAGCACUUGAUUAAGGCUCGUCAAGACGUUGAGGUGGACAUUUAUGAGCGACUACCUGUUCCCUUUGGCCUGGUCAGAUUUGGGGUUGCUCCUGAUCACCCCGAAGUAAAAAACGUCAUCAACACGUUCACACAGACAGGCAAAAAUGCUCGCUGUGGUUUCUACGGUAACGUUAACAUCGGGAAGGAUGUGAGCGUUAAAGAGCUACAACAAGCCUACCAUGCUGUUAUAUUGAGUUAUGGGGCAGAAGGAAACAGGAGUAUGGGGAUACCUGGAGAAGACUUGGCUGGCGUGUACUCUGCAAAAGACUUUGUGGGCUGGUACAAUGGACUGCCAAGUUGUCAACAGCUGAGUCCAGACUUAAGUUGUGAAACAGCAGUUGUCCUGGGUCAAGGCAACGUGGCUUUGGACGUAGCAAGAAUACUACUGUCUCCCAUCGACAUGUUAAAGAAGACUGAUAUCACCCAGGCAGCCCUUGAAGCUCUGAUGGAGAGCCAGGUCCGUAGAGUGCUAAUUGUUGGCCGUAGAGGACCAAUACAGGUCGCCUGCACAGUCAAGGAGGUCAGAGAAAUGGUCAACCUGCCUGGGGCCAAGCCUCAAAUGCUGCCAACUGAUUUUGAUGGUGUCCGUGAAGCUCUUAAAGAUUUACCAAGACCACGAAAGCGUCUCACAGAGUUGAUGUUGAAGGCAGCCAUUGAGCUUCCAGCAGAAAAAGAGCAGGAAAAAAGUAAUAAGGCUUCACGCAGUUGGGGAUUUCGAUUCUUCCGGAGCCCAGUCCAGGUCCUUCCAAGUGAUGAUGGCACCAGGACGGCUGGCAUCCGCCUGGCAGUCAACAAACUGGAGGGUUCAGGUGAGGCAGCGCGUGCAGUGCUCACUGGCGAAGUGGAGGACGUGACCUGCGGCCUUGUCAUCAGCAGCAUUGGGUACAAGAGCCUCCUCAUUGACCCAUCAGUGCCGUUUGACUCUCAAAAAGCUAUAGUCCCGAACCUAAUGGGCCGUGUUCAACAAGCUGCAGGUCUUUACUGCAGUGGCUGGCUUAAAACUGGCCCAACUGGCGUGAUAGCCACUACUAUGAAUAAUAGUUUUGAAACUGCACGAUCCCUAAUUGAAGACAUGGACUCGGGAAAAUUGGACCUUUCUGCUGAUAAAUCCGGUGCCCAAAAAAUCACAAAUCUGCUUGAAAAGAGAGAAAUUAAGCCUGUAACCUUUUCGGGCUGGGAGAAGAUUGACCGUGUGGAGACAACGAGGGGUGGGUCGACAGGAAAGCCCAGAGAAAAAAUGCUGACCGUGGAAGAAAUGCUGCAACUUGCCUGGAUGUGACCACCGGAUACAGCUUAGUGACUUCACUAAGCUGUAUCACAUUUUGACAAAGACAAACCUUGACCCAAAUUGAAGAGUGUCAAGAUCAUGUCAAAUAUUAAAAGAAAUAGUUGUAUUUGCAUUAAAUUGAGUUUGAUGAAACAUAAAAACCGUAAAUGUGUAGUCCAGUAAAAUUGGUACUUUUGACCAAAGCUGCAACAGGAAGAAAAAUUAUUCCUACCGUUUUGAGUUUGGCUCCUGAAUUUUUUAAUGCAGGUUUGAGUCCCUGUGUAUGAUGUACUUGUCAGUUUGAAUUUAAGUUUAAAGAACUCUGCUGCUAGCCUUCUAACCAAAACCAAACGACGUGAAAACAUUACCCCUCGACUGGCUUCCCUUCACUAACUGUUACUUUUAGAGAUAAUUUAAAAAUUAUACUUUAUAAAUGCCUACACCAAGAAGCCCCGCCCUAUCUUAUUCAGCUGCUGCAACCUUAUUGUCCCAGCAUGACUGUCUUCAGACUAGAUCCUACUUACUGCCCCAAAAAGUAGGCCAAAAACAAAGUAGUCUUCAGUGGCAGGGCCCAGACUAUGGAACAACCUUUCACUCGGAAGUCCUCCCAGUCUGAGCCAAUUUAAAUCUGUGCUAAACAUAGUAGCUCCCCGGCAUUCAAAUCCAGUUAAAAUGUUUAGUUUUAUUACAUUUUAGGUAAUAUAACCAUCACUUCUUUGAAGGUAUCUUUUAGUACUGUAUUUUAUUCAUCCCACAUGAUACUGUGCCCCUCUUGUCUGUACAGCAAUUUGGCCGUUUUUUUUUUUUUAAAUGUGCUAUAUGGAUAAAAUUAACUAAAUGGUUGAAAUAAAGAGUACUUAAUGGGCAUAUCUGUUUUUGGGGGACAUUUUCUCUUGAUCAGGAAGCAAGUACUUAAGUGUAUUUAUCCUAGAUUGUUUUAACAGUCUAAACAGAAAACUUUAAAACCUUAAACAGAUGUAUAAAAAAGUAUCAAGUUAACUUUCACCUCAAAAUUAAAAAGCAAUGCAUAAAAAUUG